GUGAAAGGCCGACGGACUGGAUCUAGACCAGUUUGGGUGGGAGCUUGCAUAAUCCCAAGGCCGACAGAGCAGAAACGGAAGCCUGCACGGUCCUCUCGUGUCAUCAUUUCUCGGACUCGGGCAGUCAUCGCCGUCGCCCAUAGGAUGUCCUCUCUCUCAGAAAAACAGAAUCAUAAAGCCAGUGAUUGGAGAGACUCCAUGUCAGUUGGCUGUGCCGCUGGCAAGUUGUCAGCCUGAGGCCUUUCGGUUUUUUUGUUUAUCUCCGUACCAGCCACAUCAAGUUAGUAUACCUCUUGAAACGUUCAUUCUGAACCGAACAAUUCGCCUCUCUCGACCUCCUUGUCCUUCAACUCAAAUAACUAUCCUCGGAAACGGCCCCAGGAAUGACUUGGUCGAUUGAGGGCAUACUUUCCUUUAUCACCCUGAUUGCCACAAUACCCACAUGGCUCAUCGCGAUGUACACCCUGUUUCGCCGCUGGCGCCAGUCGGAGCUGUACAACGCCACACCCACUAAUAGACUGCCAUCGCCAGGCAGACGAUCCACUCUCACCUCAUGGGAAUCAUUGCGGUGCCUGACCGAGACCUGUCUCAAUCGUCCCGUUCCCCGCAUCCGCGCUUCCAACAUCACGGCCCGGGGUCGCUUGCAGUGGGCUCUCCAGGGUUUUAUUAUGCUCGCCAUGUUGAGAGUCUUGAACUCUACGGACCGUUUCCUCAGCCUUGGUGGCAAUGAUGUGGACUUGGUCGCAAGCGUGUUUCUGGAGCACAGGGGCGUUCGUGGAUAGGCUUUUGAAUGUACAUUUUUUUUUUUUUGGUCUAGACAGGGUAGAUGGAGUGCAUGGUGAAAUAAAUUUGUACUUGUACAAUCAAAAGUGUUCGCGG